CAUGUCCCAGUCUUGGAGAUGCUGUUCCCGCUGCUGCCUGAACCUCCAGACCACAGGAAGCCGGGCUGCUGGGCUCCAUCCAGCGCCGCCCUCAGGGAUCCGGCCCCGGCUGCCCCGGGCUGGGGCGGGCGUCCUGGGGUCCCCGCCCGCCGCGGAGCCUGGGGGGCCUCGGGCGCGCUCUCCCGGCGGCGGAGGAACCUCUCGCGGCGCUCAGCCCCGCGCAGCUUUAGACUGACCUGCCCCGACAGCCUGGUCGGCCCGCGGCGUGCUGCGACUGCCCGCGGCGGCCGCCCUCUGUGGGCAGCAGCCCCUUCUCUGCCUAGUGCUUCGAGACCCGCGAGGGCCAAAGGUCUGGGAGCCCACGGAGGCGACGUGCCGCAGCCGCCCAGCGCCACCGCGGGCUGGAGGGUGACUUGGGCCUCAGCCCGCCGGAAAUGCCCCAACGGGCCCCCGGGGCCGCGCAGGCCGUUGCUAAGCUAAACAAAAACCCUGCUCAGCUCAUUGCUAAUUGGGCCCCAGACUGCAGCUUGGGGCUGUGUCCACAAUGCAUACACUCGCUCCCCUCCUUGAUUCGUGCCUUAAAGGAACACUGCAAUUUCUCCAUCAGCCUGAGAAAGAUAACCCUGGCUCCAAACGAUCUUGUCAAAAGAUUUGGCAAGACCAAAUGGGCCAGGGUCUGGAAGAUGGCCAGCCCUCUGAUAUGAGGGAAGGUUAGUACAAACGUGUAUUCAGGCGGGUGGACUUGAAACAAGCAGUGCCCACUCCUGCCACCUCAGGGCCAAGUUCAACGUGUGUCACUAAAGAUGACAUAGGGGAAUAACAGCAAGGUGCCUCAUCCAAGAACUUGGAAAGAAGACUGGGCUCUGAUAGUAAAAUCCAUAUUCAAUGCAUGCGUUCAAAAUACCUAUCGGAGUGAACCAAGAGAUUUUAUAACUAAAAUGUUUGAGAACUCAAACUAUAAUCAGACUGACUGGAUACAAACUCAAAGGCAGAAAUGAAAGGUUACAGUGAAUAACCGCGAGGGAAGAUCUGAAGGGAAAUUAUAGCUACACUUAC